GAGAGCGCGGGGAGGUUGAGCGGUGGGUUCCGUGUUUUAAGGGGGUUCGGCUGAGCGACAGGACAAGUCAGUUUUGCUCUCCGUCCGCCACGACGAUGACCACCACGACCACCACGACGACCACGUGGAGACGAAUCCGCGCCGCUCUUUGCCUGCUGCUCGUCACGACCGGCAGUAGCGGAUUGGCGCAACGUGAACUCGAUCCAUUGCCAGAGCUGGCGAGUGGAGGCGGAGGGCAUCUGACGGGAGAUGGAGCAGCGAGCGGUGAUGAUGGAGUCACCCCCAGGGACGGAUUCCUCUCCGAGACAGAGGGCAGCAGAGGCGGCGGUGAGGGUUUGCCGGGAGAGCUGGGGAUGCGUGUUCUCUGCGGGAGUGACGGAGUCGAGUUGCGCGUGGAACCGAGUUUCUUCCUGAAACGUGGAAUCCAGCUGCCCGAUCUGCACCUGAACGAUCGUCGCUGUGGGGGGGUGGCGCUGUGGGGGGCUGGUGGAGGAGGGGAGGGGGGAGAGGGGGCCGAAGGAUCAGAAGAGGGGGCCGGCAGGCAACGCUCGUGGCUGUUCCGCACCGACUCCCUCACUAGCUGCGGCACCCGGGUCACCCGCUCCGAGUCGCUCAUCAGCUACAGCAACGCGCUGCGCUACACGGAGCGGCGCUCUCCCGUGCUGCGCUACGCGCUGCAACUCAACUUCACGUGCACCUACCCCGCAGCCAUCAUAGCCAGCCUGCCGGGAGACCUGCACCCCGAGCUCACGCAGGUGGAGAUGGAGCUGUCCGCAUCGGGGGUGCUGGUCGCCUCGCUGCUGCUGCUCGCCUCCCCGGACAUCUCGGACCCGGUGCGCGGCGCCCUCCGCCUGCGCACCGCCGAGCCGCUCUUCGUGGGCGCGCGGCUCCACAACGACUCGGCGACGCUGGCGCUGCUCCUGGAGUCGUGCUGGGCGAGCGCGAGUCCAGAGCCGCGGCGAGGGACCCCCUACCCCCUCAUCGGCCCGCCGGGCUGCCCGGUCGAGGAGUCAGUGUCCAUCCACCAGGGCAACGGGGUGAACACGAGCGCCGUCUUCAGCGUCAAGGUGUUCACGAUCAUCGACGCCGACUCCGUCUACAUCCACUGCCAACUCGGCAUCUGCGCGGGCUCCUGCGCUCCGGAUUGCGACGGCUUGGCCGAGGCCCAGGGUUCGGAUCCCAGGAGCGGCGUUCAGGGCCACCACGUGCUGUCGUCAAGGCGGAUAGAGAGAGUCCAGUCCGAGGAGUCCGACUCCAUGCCUGAAGAUGACUCCUCUCCCGCCUCCUCCUCCUCCAACCUUCUGGGGUUGCUGGCGCUGGGAGGAGGCAUCGCCCUGGUGCUGUGCGCCGCGGGCGCCUUCCUCGUCACGGCGUGGCGCGCGCGGGCACGCGGGCGCGAGCGCGAUCUCCAGUGGCGGCAGCUGGGGCGGCGUGGGGUGGGAGGAGGAGAUGGAGAUGGAGGAGGGUGGGGGAGCGGAGGGUUCUACCCCGGGCGCGACAACCCCGUGUUCGCCGCGGGGACUUGGCGCAUUCCUCGCCCGCAGAUCGUGACGGAGUGAGCGGCGCGUGGGGGUGGUGGUGGCGGUGGCGGUGGUGGACGCGUGGUACACACUAAUAUUGAUCAGUUAGACACAUACACUGAUCAUAGACACACACACAUUGAUCAUAUAGACACACACAUUGAUCAUAUAGACACACACGUUGAUCAUAUAGACACACACAUUGAUCAAAUAGACACACACAUUGAUCAUAUAGACACAACACGCACACUUAUCGUAGAAAUAUAUACAGACACACACACACCAUACACACUACACACACCAUACACACUACACACACACACCAUACACACUACACACACACCAUACACACACCAUACACACUACACACACCAUACACUCUACACACACACCACACACACCAUACACACCACACACACGCUACACACACUCAUCUCACACACACACAGACUACACAAACCCACACACAUCACAAACACCCACACGCACGUGGCACAGAGGCCAAACAAGUGAUGCCAAUAAAUCAAAUCACACACCGUUCAUUCAUUCAACCUCUGGAACUCGGAUUUUCCGGCUUUUUUUCCCACCACACGCGUUGACCACCGUGGUGAAGUAUGGUCAAACAACCCCUACGGACAACAUCAGUCUUCAUACAGCAGGGGAUUGCCAAAGGAGCUGUGCAUUAUCACUUUUUAUUCCUGCUGUAUUGUCUUCAUAUCAUUGCAAUAAUAUCACUCCAAUGCUAUGAACUACAGUAUAUAUUAACUCAUCUUCUUGGUUCUUUCAGUAAAGUCACGUAGAAGGGAAAUAAUAAAAAAAUAAAAUUAUCACGACGUUUCGGCCACAACGCAAGCAGCCGUCCUCAGGUGAAGAACAGGGCUGUCGGAAAGACAGCGUCCGAAUGAACACCACCAAGCUUGGCAGCGUAUAUUUAAGCACGGGUUAGAGGAGAGCGCCUUGACAAAGGAAUUUACAUAUCAACAGAGGAAUUUAGCAUAUUUGUGGAAAUGCAGAUAUGGGAUUAGUCACUACUUGUGGAAUGUGUAGGUGGUGGGGAGGUCUCAAAUUCAUAUAUAAUAUGACGUUGAUAUGUAAAUUCCUUUGUCAAGGCGCUCUCCUCCUCUAACCCAGCUUAAAUCCACGCGACCACCACGGAGAGAGAGAGAGACACCGCAAAUUCGAAAUACACAGCGGGCGUCAGGGUCGGGAUCGAACCAACGACCUCCUGCAUACUAGGCGAGGUAGUUAACAUCUCUUGUCACGACUUGAAAUAUGUCUCUAGAGUUACAAUUGCACCAGUGGGAAGCAUCAACGUUCCGUAUCGUUAUACAUUCAUGAUUUUGUUUCCACCCUCGUAUAACAACUGUGUGAUGGACGUCGAGAAUUGCCGAUUACUAUUCAAACAGGUGGCGUGUUGUUGUUGAGAUCCAGGGCUUAAAUCCUCGCUGAAUUCUCUGUUUUUGUGUGUUCGUGUCGCUGGCACACCUGGCUUAGCAUAGGUAGCCAUAGCGGUAGAGGUAUCAUGGAUGUUGUUAGCCGGGUGUGAACAAUGUGAAUAUGCCUGGAGUGUGCAUUUCUUCUCGAUGUGCGUUUGCUAAUCAAAUAUAUGCCGCGUGUCUUGUUGUGUGCUUACUUGUAGCCGGUGUACGGAUGAAACGCUAAAUGAAAGUGUCUCGAUACACACCA